AUGGAGAACUACACCUUUAACAGCCUGGACCUCCAGCUGGAAGGUCUGGUGGUCUCACCCACGUCCACUGUCCCCGUCUAUGUUUCGUUUCUGCUGUUCUACUUGCUGAUACUCACAGCCAACCUGGGCAUCCUGCUGCUAGUCGCACUGGACAGGAACAUGCACCAGCCCAUGUACCUGCUCUUCUGUAGCCUGCCAGUCAACGACAUCCUGGGGAACUCCAUCAUGGUCCCUCGCCUGCUGGUGGACCUGCUCCUACCGCCGCCUCAACGCAUCAUCUCAUACUACGAGUGCGUCAUCCAGGCUUUCACGACGCACAUGUACGCCACGGCCUCCCACUCCGUUCUCAUCAUCAUGGCCUUUGACCGAUACGUGGCCGUCUGCGAGCCGCUGCGCUACGCCGCCAUCAUGACCUCAAGAAUGGUGGUCAAGCUGACUGUCUCUGCUUGGGGGGUGGCUUUCGUAUUGGUCGGGGUCCUCUUGGGUCUGACCAUCCGGCUCAACCGGUGCCGCACUCUUAUCAGCAACCCGUACUGUGACAACGCAUCGCUCUUUAAGCUUUCAUGCGAGAGCGUGCUGAUCAAUAACAUUUAUGGGUUCAUCUUCACCGUCCUCUUGUUCUCCUCCUCUGUGGGCAGCAUGGUCGUGACCUACGGGAGGAUCGCAGCGGUAUGUGUGGUCAAGAAGAACCAGAGUAUGAACAGCAAAGCGCUGAAGACGUGCAGCACGCACCUCUUUGUGUACUUGGUCAUGCUGCUGAGUGGGACUCUCAUCAUCACGCUGCACAGGUACCCGCAGUAUUCUGACGCCCGGAAGCUCUGCGCCAUCUUGUUCCACAUCAUUCCUGGCAUUCUCAACCCCAUCAUUUACGGAGCCCAGUCCGGGGAAGUUCGGAGAUUUUUCCGGUCUAAGUUGAUGUGUGGCAGAAAGAGCUCGACAUGA